GCUCCUUUGCUCCUACUCCCCUUCUCAACGCCCCUGGACAAGCACAUAGCACAACCGUCACCUGUAGAACAGAGACAGCCCACAGCCAUGACCAAGGAUAUCAAAGAGCUGGCGAGCGAGUGGCUGGAGCUGGACGAGGACAAGACAACGACUGACGAGAUCUACAAGCUUUUGGUCAACGGCGACCAUGAUGAGCUUGAAAGGAGACUGCGACACCGCAUUGCCUUUGGUACUGCCGGACUCAGAGGACCAAUGCAGGGCGGCUUCGCCUGCAUGAACUCCCUGACCGUCAUCCAAGCCUCGCAAGGACUGGCUGCAUACCUCUUGAAGACCGAGGAAAAUGUAAAGAAGAGAGGCGUGGUUAUUGGCCGGGAUGCGCGACACAACUCUGAGAAAUUUGCCAAGCUCACGGCCGCCGCAUUCGUGGCAAAGGGUAUCAAGGUGUGGUGGUACGAGGAGCCUAGUCAUACGCCUAUGGUCCCUUUUGGUGUGCGCGAGCUUGAAGCCGCCGCUGGUAUCAUGAUUACUGCGAGCCAUAACCCGGCCAAGGACAACGGCUACAAGGUGUACUGGUCAAACGGUUGCCAGAUCAUCCCUCCACACGACAGCGGCAUUGCACAGGCUAUCUUGGAGAACCUCAAGCCUGUCACUUGGGACACUUCAGUGGUGGAAAGCUCGCUUUUGGUCGAGGGAAGCCUAGGACUAGUGCAGGACACAUAUCACAAGGCCAUUCUCUAUGCAGCACAGCCUGAGCAUGCUCAAGUCAAGAUGGAUCCAGACCUCAAAUUCGUAUAUACUCCCAUGCACGGCGUGGGACUUCCCGCAAUGCAGCGAUGUGCUCAAACUCUUGGAGUCACUUCUCAGAUGAGUAUUGUCGAGGCUCAAGCACAACCCGACCCGGACUUCCCAACGGUGAAAUUUCCCAAUCCAGAAGAAAAGGGAGCGCUGGAUCUGGCAAUCGAAACUGCGGAAAAGUCGUCGACACGCCUCAUUCUCGCUAGCGACCCCGAUGCAGACCGACUUGCGGCAGCGGAGAAGGUGGGUGAUAAAUGGCACAUCUUCACGGGUAACCAGCUCGGAGUCCUGCUUGGCUCUUACCUCUUCGAGCGCUAUCCCACCUCGAAGCCGCGAGAGAAGCUUGCCAUGCUGGCUUCCACAGUCAGUUCCCGGAUGCUCGCUGCGCUCGCCAAAAAGGAAGGCUUCCACUUCACUGAGACCUUGACUGGGUUCAAGUGGCUCGGCAAU